GGGUCGGACUCCCAGGGGACACCAACCUCCCAGGACUGAAGAAGGGUGAGGUGGGGCAGAGAACAAGGAAUCCAUACCUUAGAUCUGCCCACUGCCGGGCCCACACCUGAACCUUCUGCUCCUACCUCCAGGGCCGGGCUCGCCUGCAUCCCUCUCCUGCUUCUGCCCUAAUCCCUCAAUUUUCCGCAUCUCUGCCCCCUCCUCUCCUUCCUCCCAACUCGGGGUCUCGGGCGCAGCCCUCGCUCUCCCGUGACCUCCAGCUUUCUAAUCGACUUUGUUUCAGCCUCUCUGGUUCGCUCCUUCUGCUGUGUUUCCCCACCUCGAUCUCCCCCUGCCUGUCUCUCUGUCUUUUCUCUCUGCGUAUGCAUGUGGCUCCCAGUCCACUUCCUGUUUCUGUGGGACCUGUCCUCGUCCUCUGUGUCUCUUUCCGUCUCUGUGCCUCCCCCGUGGGGUUCCUGCCUAUCCCCCUCCAUCUCCCUCUGAGUCUCGCUCCUGCUUCCUCUCUGUUCUCCAUGUAUCACGCUCCACCCCCUCGGUCUCUCUUCCUCCUUGCAUGUCUCCCCUUCUCUGUGUCCCCCACCCCAGCCUCCAGCUCCUCUAUCUCUCUGGGUCUCUGAGGGGAGGCAGGGUCCAUGGAUGGGGUCGGGGAGCAGCCAGAGCUCCCUCCGCCUGGCGGUGGCGCCUCCGCCCUGCCUCUCCCCUCCCCCAGAGCUGUUUGGUAGGCGGGGUGCGUGGCACUGCGGCUCCCACCUCCCCGGGGACGCUCCCUCGCCACCCCCCAACUGACAUCGUUUGGAGCGCUGUCCGCAGCCCCAGGGACAUCAGGCAGAUAUAGAUUCAGGGAGAGAGACAGAGAUGCAGAGACACACACACAGGGCCCAAGGCAGAGACAGAGACAGAGAGGGAGAGACAGAGGGAGUGGGGUGUGGGUCUCUGCCCUUGCCCUCACCCACAGGCCUCUCUGUCUCUGGCCUGGAGCCUCCUCACCUCUCAAGUGAGGGUCACAGACACACCUUCCCCAGCCUGGGAAGCCAGCCCUGUCUGCCAUUCUGUCCCUGUGUGUCCUGCACAGUGCAGUCGAGGCUGUGUGUGUGUGUGCGCGCGCACGCGCGUGCGCGUGCGCAGAUGCACAUGACUGUGUGACUUGUGUCACAGUGUCUGUGAAUGUGACCUGUGUAGACAUGCAUGUUCCUGGGCACAGGUGACUAAGUAUGGGUGCUGAGUGGAGCCACACAUGUCCUGUCUGUGAGUGUGUCAUGUCUGUGAGCGUGUCAUGUCUGUGUGUCAUGUCUGUGAUGUGUGUCAUGUCUGUGUGACACGUGUGUGGUGUUCAGCUGUGUCUGGUGCGACUGUCCAAAGCUCUGGAGUUGUGCCGUGUCUGGUGUUUUCACAUGGUGUGGCUGUGCAGGGUGGGCCCCAGGGACCUGGGGCAGCUCUCAUUUCUGAGGGCAAGAUGAGGAGGUUCAGUCCCAGAGAAACAGGAUGGAAGGACCAAGUGAGUGCGCCCCUGAGAGGACCCUGGCAGCUGGGCUGGGCCGGCUCCGCCAUGGACUGUAGCUGCGUCUCCGACCUUCUCUUCGCCCCGCCCGCCCUGCCGGCUCUCUGGACCCCCGGGUUUGCCUUCCCGGAUUGGGCCUACAAGCCAGAGUCAUCCCCUGGCUCGAGGCAGAUCCAGCUGUGGCACUUUAUCCUGGAGCUGCUGCAGAAGGAGGAGUACCAGGGCGUCAUCGCCUGGCAGGGGGACUACGGGGAAUUUGUCAUCAAAGACCCUGAUGAGGUGGCCCGGCUGUGGGGCAUUCGCAAAUGCAAGCCCCACAUGAAUUACGACAAGCUGAGCCGGGCCCUGCGUUACUACUACAACAAGCGGAUUCUCCACAAGACCAAAGGGAAGAGGUUCACCUACAAGUUCAACUUCAGCAAAGUUGUGCUUGUCAAUUACCCGCUGCUGGACAUGGCGGCAGCUGCCACCGGCUCCCCACUCUUGCUGACCCCCAGUCCCUUCGGGGGGGCCCCAGGGCCAGAUGCUCCUCCCCUCACCCCUGAGACCCUGCAAACCCUGUUCUCUGCACCACGCCUGGGAGAGCCAGGGACCCGGACACCCCUGUUCACCUCCGAGACAGAUAAACUGCGUCUGGACAGCCCUUUCCCGUUCCUGGGCUCUGGUGCCACCAGCUAUUCCAAGCCCCCUGGCCUGCUGGGUCCUUAUGGCCGCGCCUUCCCCGAGUACCCCUGGAACUUUAACCCGUACCUCACGGGCCCCUUCCCCAAGCUGCCUCCCUCUCUCUACCCCCCGCACUUCUACCCCAACCCUCUGGCCAGUUCCCUGAGCCACCUGCCCUCGGCAGGGGCAGGGGGAGGCCCCACAGCCGCGCCUCUGCUGGCCUCGACAGGGGAGGGCCUGGGCCCCGAGCGCCCCUCGGGCCUGGCAGCGGCCCCUCGCCUGGCACUGCCGGGGGCUGGGGGUCCAGAGGCUGCCCUUGGUGGGAAGGAGGACAGCGACUCGGAGCUGGAGAUCACCGACGUCAGUGGCUGCAGCUCUGACAGCGAGGGCGAUGAGGCUCUCCCGGUGCCCCCCAAGGCAAAGGCAGGCAAAGGGGGGACUGGCAGCUGAGCCAGCAGGGGGCAAUGGAUUCCGCUGAGACAGGGACCAGGGCAGCCGCCCGUCUGCCCUUGAUGCCUGGCCCAAGGCCCAGGACCAGCCCUCAGCACCUCACGGGUCUGGGCAUGUUGCUGCCCCAGUCUCCUUCCCCAGCCCCAGAGUUGAGGUCUCACUUCCCCCUCCACAGAGGACAGAGGGAAUGUGAUGGCCUCCAGCCUCCUCCCCAGGCUCCAGUUUGAGGGGGGUCCCCGCCUGGCCCCACUCCCAAAGUGCAAUAUGGCGCCCAGCCUUCCCCGCCCGCCCACCCCUGUGCUGUGCCCCAAGUGUUUGUGUGGCCGUGUCUCCAACCCCCCUGUGCUGGCCCCAGUCCUGACACCCCCCCACAUAGGCCCCCCUGGGGACAGGGAGCUCAGAGCAAUAACCCCGCCCCCAGCCCCCACCCAGGAGGGGCCCCCUUCCCACCAGCUCCCCUUGAUCCCGACAGUCACCUCCAGAGAGUUUACUACAGAAAUAAAAGAACAGAGAGUGAGACUCGGGGUGCCCAGUGCUGAGCAUGGGGGAUUGGGGGUGGGCGCUGGAGGAUGGUGUCAGGGGGACGCCUCAUAC